UCCGCCGGGGCCUGUAGGCGCCCCCAGCCCCGCCGCAACGCCCCGCGCCCCUCUCCCCGCCGGCCCGGGGGCGGAGGAGGCGGACGAAGGCGCCGCCGCGCCCAGCAGCAGCCGCCAGCGGAGCCCGGCAGCGCCCAGCGAUGUCCGCCAAGGAGGGGAGCAAGGUGCUGCUGCUGCCGCCGCACGCCACCAGCGAGCGAGCCGUCAAGGCUGUCCCUUUUCCACCAACGCAUCGCCUGACAUCUGAAGAAGUUUUUGACACAGAUGGAAAACCCAGGGUUGACAUUUUGAAGAACCACUUGAUAAAGGAAGGUCGAGUUGAUGAAGAAAUUGCACUUAGAAUCAUCAAUGAGGGUGCUGCAAUAUUACGGAGGGAAAAAACUAUGAUAGAAGUUGAAGCUCCAAUCACAGUGUGUGGUGAUAUUCAUGGCCAGUUCUUUGAUCUAAUGAAGCUGUUUGAAGUGGGAGGAUCACCUGCUAACACAAGAUACCUCUUCCUCGGUGACUAUGUAGACAGAGGUUAUUUUAGUAUAGAGUGUGUGCUGUACUUAUGGGUCCUGAAAAUUCUCUAUCCAAGCACAUUAUUUCUUUUGAGAGGCAACCAUGAAUGCAGACACCUAACGGAGUAUUUUACCUUUAAACAGGAAUGUAAAAUAAAGUACUCAGAAAGAGUCUAUGAUGCUUGUAUGGAAGCUUUUGAUUGUCUUCCCCUUGCUGCUCUUCUAAAUCAACAGUUUCUUUGUGUUCAUGGUGGACUCUCACCAGAAAUUAAUACACUAGAUGACAUUAGGAGAUUAGAUAGAUUCAAAGAGCCUCCAGCAUUUGGACCAAUGUGUGACUUACUGUGGUCAGAUCCUUCAGAAGAUUUUGGAAAUGAAAGUUCACCAGAGCACUUCAGUCACAAUACGGUCAGAGGAUGCUCAUACUUUUAUAGCUAUCCAGCAGUUUGUGAAUUUUUGCAAAAUAAUAAUUUGUUGUCAAUCAUUAGAGCACACGAAGCACAAGAUGCAGGUUAUAGAAUGUACAGGAAAAGUCAAACUACAGGGUUCCCAUCAUUAAUAACAAUUUUUUCAGCACCUAAUUACCUUGAUGUCUACAAUAAUAAAGCUGCUGUAUUAAAAUAUGAAAACAAUGUGAUGAAUAUUCGUCAGUUCAAUUGUUCUCCUCAUCCUUACUGGCUACCAAAUUUUAUGGAUGUUUUUACAUGGUCCUUGCCAUUUGUUGGAGAAAAAGUUACAGAAAUGUUGGUGAAUGUUUUGAGCAUUUGUUCUGAUGAUGAACUGAUGACAGAGGGAGAAGAUCAAUUUGACGAGCGACUCAUAUAUGGCAAUAAAAAAGUAGGUACAGCUGCAGCACGGAAAGAAAUAAUCAGAAACAAAAUUCGUGCAAUUGGCAAGAUGGCAAGAGUCUUCUCUGUUCUCAGGGAGGAGAGUGAAAGUGUGCUGACACUCAAGGGUUUGACUCCCACUGGAAUGUUACCUAGUGGAGUGUUGGCCGGAGGACGACAGACCCUGCAAAGUGAUGUGUUCUGAUUGGAAACUAUUCUCAAAGUUUGUGUGCAGAAGAUCAAGUCAAAAAAUGGUGGAGCCUGCAGCUGUCUCUAAUUCUUGUAUUGUUGACGAGAAAAAAAAAAAAAGUAUCCUCCCUCCCAGAAAACCGUAAGUAGUUUUGCUUUGUAUGUUUUCUGCUUUCAGUGUUUUAAGUGGGGGGAAGGCUGUAUGUCACCUGACUGUUCUUGGGUAGGAAGAGCAGAACGCUUGGAAGAUAGCUUUGUGAGCUGAAGGAUGCAAGCAGCAAAGUAUGGCUGGUUCCUGGCUCGAGCUGGAGCAGUCACUGCUUUCCUGCUCCACUGCAUGGGGCUCAGUGGGCACCCCCGGAGGGCCCAGGGACCUGGCCACGUCCUGCCCUGAGCUGCUGAAUCUCAACAGCACCUGUAGUGCUGCGACAUGCAAUGAGAAUUCACAGAUGGCUGGGGAUUGGGGGAGGUGUUCCGGCUGCUCUGAGAAAUCUGAAUGCAUUUUAGUGAAACUGAAAAGCAGGCCUGAAAGUACAGAAUGUGUUUGAGUGUGGUGUUCUGGGGUCAUGCUAAAACAGGACUUGGUACUGUCGAGAAGCUUGCUGCCACCUGGUGAGCCAAAUAGGGAAGAUCAGCCUAAUUUACAUGUUCUGCUUGCAUUUAGUUAAAUGGUGAACAUAACCUCAUCAUCUGAAAUUACCUAGUGUUAUAUAAUAGUUUUCCUUUCAAAGAUAAUUAAAUUCCAAAUUGUGAAAUUGAAAAACUUAAUUGUGAAGAAGAUUGGUCUUUUUAGCAAAAAGACAAGUGUUUGGGAUGGGGAUGUUUUUUUCUUUGAGGUAGAAUCCUGGUUUGAGUCUGAACAGUUUUUAACAGGCAUAGUCUCAUAAAUGGCUUUCUUUUUUCUAAUGUUUAAUCUUGAAACACCAUUAUGUUAGUUAUAUGUAAAAAUUAGGCUGUUUCAGAGGCAGGAUAGAUAGUAUUCUUCCUAAUAUUGUUCAUUCUUCUCUUGCAUCGCUUCAUUCAAUUUUUAUUACCCAUUUAAUAAUUCUUUAUUAGUAGCAUGUAAGGAAAAUAACUUUUUGCCAUAAAACAUGUGAAUGACAUUAGGACAUAGAAGUCUCUUCAUCUGUUCAUUUUCUUGUAGUGACAGCAUGUAUGAUACAGAUUGAAUCAACAUUCUGCUUUGCAUGACAAAUGCGUGGGGAUAUUUGAGUUGCAUGAAAAGAUGCAGGUGCAUUAAUACACUUUAAUUAUUAAAUUCAAAGUUUCUUCACAUGUAAGGAAGUUUGCUCAAGAUUAAAGAAACAAGAACCAAACCUCAUGAGAGUCUUGGUUAUGCUUGGAAGCCUAUUGACAUAUAAUUAUAUAUAAACAUAUAUAUAAAUUAUAUAUAUAAAUUAUAUAUAUAUAUAUAUAUAAAAACGUGUCUCUGUGUGUAUAUAUAUAUACACUUGUAUCUCACUGUGGAUACUUGCACCAGUGAUGACAAAAGUAAUACGCAGUGGAAUGUCCUUUAGUCUCCCCAAAUCAACUUAUCUGCGUCAUUCACAUUUGGAUUAUUUAGCUUUGAUCUGACUCAGAAAUUUUAAAUUGGACUGUGUUUCUAAGUAUAAUAUCAGAGAACACAGCUGUAGAGUGUUUUAUAUAAGUGAAGUACUUGAGUCUUUUUUUAUAGUAGACUUGGUAUCUGCCAUUGUUUUGCAAAAACUUUUAUGUACUUGGUGUGCAUGAGUGAAAGGUUUUCCCUAUUAGAAUAAACCCUACUCUUGCUAGCUAAUUCUGUUUGAGGACCAACAAAAAUAGAGCUAUGCUGUUUAUGUGAAGUUUCUAUGUAUAUAUAUAUAUGUGUAUAUAUAUAUAUAUAUGUAUAUAUAUAUAUAUAUUUAUUUGUUUUACUUGAUAAAGCAUUGCUUAGAAAUGUUAGGAAAUACAUUGUUAGCUGCUGGACUUCACAGCUGCCUGGGGACAGAUUUGCUGUGGUUUUCGAAAAAACAAAUGUACUGUCAAAGCUGUUUGUUUUUUUAAUGCUAUGAAACCAUCCACAUAGUCAAUUGUAUCAUCUAUGUUGCUGUCACUUCCAGUUUGAAUUUACACAUGUUCUGUAGUGUUAGCAUCUACUUACAGCAAAUUACUGGACAAUGAACAAAGAGCAUAACCGACUCCUUUACAAGGUGAUUCUUCAAAAUUAGGUUAGAUUUUAUUUUUUUUUCUGCCUUAAUCACAAUCAUAACUAACUGCUAAACAUAAUUAACUUAAGAACUUAAAUAGGGGGGUACAGUCAAAUUCUGCUUAGGUACUUAAACAGUUAGUGUAAUGUGACUUAAACUGAGCACUUGUGUUUUAGUAUUAGCAUGGAAGGACUUCAAAGAGGGCUUUUGUUAGAGAACCUGGCUGGGUUUUUGUAAAAUGUUUUACGUCAUCGCCUCAGGCUUUUUUGUAAUCCAUGGUUAGUUCAGCAGUUAAAUUUAGAUUUUUCAAGGAAGUCUAAUUAUGCAGGAGGUUGGCAGAGGGGAGAUGGUUUUGUCUGGGCCAAAAGAACUAAGACUUAAGGCUAAUAGACAAGAUACAUCUUUUAUUAUACAAUAAAGAAUAUUAUGUGCUGUAAAUUUAAGGCAAGGGUAAGUGCAAAAAGCUUAUUAAAUCACCAAGAAGGCAUCUUUGAUUAUAUAGUGUUUAAAAUUACUCUUUUACGCACAAGGGGUCAGUGUCUGCAUAAAGCAUGUUACAUGUCCUCCAGUUUGUUUUAAAAAUGAAAACCAACGAACAGAUAAUCCUCUUCUAUUGACCAACAAUUGCCAGUAGCAAACGCCUGUAAUCACCACUUGUAUCACUUGAUAUCAUUGAAGCCAAAGUCUUCUGAUACAUUUGUGAGAACACCUGUUUAAUUUGCACAAGAUCAAUCUGCAAAGAAAAAAAAAAGCACAAAGCUUAAACAUAUGCAUGAUCUGAACUCUUAGACACUUACCCCCAUCUCCCUCACAGACUAUAGAAUACCAGCCAAGGGUGUAAUGUGCAACUGAUUAACUGUGCACAUUGUACAAGCCCUCAGUUCCCUCUACAGACAGAUAAGCAGCUCCCAAAGCAGUCUUAACAGGUGCUCCUUGCUUUCAGAGAAUCACAGAAAGGUUUGGGUUGGAAGGGACCUUAAAGUUCAUCUGCUUCCAACCCCGCUGCCAUGGGCAGGGACGCCUCCCACUAGACCAGGUUGCUCAAAGCCCCAUCCAGCCUGGCCUUGAACACUUCUGCAACUCUCUGGGCAACCUGAGAACCUUACCUAAAUUUGCUAGGACUGUAGUAUCCUUAGUUCAUGCAGUUGAACCUUUGGAGUUGAGAUGCUUUUCUGCUACAGAGAUGGGCAACCACAUUUAGGAAGGUAGACAUGUAAUAUCACUAUUUAGCUAGAGAUAAUUAAACUACUGUAUGAAACCUGGCGUUAAAACCAAUUGUUUUGUUCAUCCACAUCUGAACCAGAUAAAAGCUUCAUUACAGUACAUGAUUUCUACAGCUGUGAAGGAGGGACUACAUAGAAGGCUGGCUACAUGUGAGGUCUACAGAAGAGGAAGUUUCUUACCUCGCUGCGAGUGACUAUAAUCCUGAUGAGAGUGGAAUCAUCCGUGCCAGCUCCUUUCAUAGAAUAAUAAAGUCUUUCUGCAAAAAAGGCUGGGCGAUUUAAAGCACAUUGCACUGCAAUAAAGUAUAUUUUUAGGAUUAGUUCUAGUAUAGUAUGCUGUAUGGUGAUACCUAGCAUGAUAAAGUCAAGAUUUAUGCUGUAGACAGCUAGAGGUAGAUAUCAAUAAAGAUUCAAUACUGUAGAUUACAGGAACUGCUUUAUAAAGCUGAGUUUAUUUUGUAUCUGAACAAAUCAGUUAACCUUUCACAAGAAAAGUUACAGUUAUUACCAGUUAACUUGCCUAGAAGUGCUUUUGAAAGCUGGCUGAAACCUUAAUUUACCAAAUCUAUGCACAGAUCUUUUCUUUGGCUAGCUAGUACUAGGAUAUGAGGUAUUCAACUUUUGGUCCAUUGGUAGAGUCUCACUAGCAAAAGUACAAAGGUAAAAAGUUCUCAUUCUCAAGUAUCUGUGGAAUUGAUUUUGUUUCAGUUAGUUUCUUCCUUCUCAAAGCCUUUAUUUUACAUGAUUUCAGAGGUGAAUUUUUCCAGUAGAACUCUUUAGUAGAAUAUUAUCUGGGAAGAUUUUGUUUAAUACAAUAGGUUUUAAUGGUUAUGGCUGCAGAAAUGCAGUCACUUUGUUAAGCAUUGGUGGGACUUGGGCAUGGAGUAUUUGUUUCAUUAGUAGUAAAUCAUACUGGUUCUCACUAACAGCGAAUCAUGAUAAAUUUGUAGUGCUUUAGUACAAUAAGUCAGCAGGGAAUAGCGAAUAGCGAAUUCAAAACAGCUAUUCUAUUUUGGUGACAUUUGCUUUAGAAAAUGCUGAACUUUUUGGAGUAGGUGAUGGUGGAGAAGAGAACUAGAAAGUAAAUUGUGCCUAAAGGAGGUUCUUCUUGGUUCUGCACUCGUGUGGAGGUGGUUCAGCUGUCUGUGCUGAGGUGCCACACAACCACCACCACUGCUCUGUUACACUGGUACUCACAUAAUUUUGCAGAGUGCUGACACACAGAACCACCAGCUCUAAACAUUGACCCAUUUCUGUGUAGUUACAUGUCUUUCCAGAAAAGUGACAAGUAGUUUCUAUGUAACCUUUCCUCAUUUCAAACUGACUUCUUCAAACUAGAUGCUUACUUUCUUCAAACUAAGUGAAUAGUGAGUAAUUUGAAUAACUGAAGUUACUUUUGUAUUAGUGGAGUCUCAGACUGUGUAUCCGUUUGCCAUAUGGACAGUGCUGAAUUGGGUUCUUCUUCAAUUACAUUUAGAAGGUUUUAUUGCCAAAAGAUAAGGAGAGGGAAGAACGUAUUACUUACAAAUAGCCUUCAAGCCACGUUCCACGUUUCCAGAAAAUUCUCGAUCGAUGCUGCUUAACAAAUCACGAUUAGCAAUCUACAAAUAAAUUAGAUUAACAUGUGGAUAGUGAAAUGCAACAAGUGGAAACUUAAUUCAAAAAAUGCUGUACAAACUCAUUUGAAAUCAGUGAAGAACUCCUACCCUCGAGUAUGCCUCAACUGUUGCUUUUAAUUGGGGAAAACUUCUGCUUGCCAGAACCAUAUUAAAGCAUGAUUCAUCAGUCCCAAGUUUUCCUUCUCCUGCUUGGUAAAGACGCUGAGCAUCUUCUUGAGCUUUUUGAUAAUCCACAUUUUGAUUCUCAUCCCGAUUCCCCUAAAAGCAAAGAUAGCAGAUAUUGAACAUUGUUACAUGGACAAGGCUAUGUUUUAAUUGCUUGAAGUGUAGACCCCGCACGCGUAUGUCCAAAGCUAGAAGUAGGGAGAGUAACACCAGUUUGAAAUAUAUUACGUUGUUUUAAGGUUACGUUUUUGGUUUAAUAAUUCUUGUAAGUAGAAAAUAGGACUUUUGGGCCACUUUUCUAUCUGUAGUGUUUGGUUUAAGCUGUAGAUAUACUGUAUACGUACUGGCACAUAAUUUUGCCUAUACGUACCAUCUCAUAGGUCUAGUCUUUUUCAGGAGCUAUGAUCAAUUCUCUGUUUUACUUAAUAAUGUAAGUUUUUCUCUUGAUUUGUUUCUAGGCUUCAAGUUGCAAAGAAUCUUCCCAAAUGAACUAAUGAAUUAUCUUACUGAAUAUGCACACCUGAAAUAUCUCAGGCUUUCUAUUAUAUUUAGAAUUUGCUAAUUUCAAGUAUGAAUGUCUUUAAAAAGCACUUAGUAUAGUUGUUAUAUGUCAAGUAGGGCUUGUGUGACAUUUUAUGUGCUUUGGGAUUUGUUUGUUUUUUUUUCUGCACAAUGCAUGGAUGGAUACUGCUAAAUAUACUGGCUGAGUAGGCUAAAUACAUGCUCUUAAAUACUGUUGUGUCUGUAGCAGUUAAUAUUUAAAUUAUGUGGUUGUCAGUUACUGUAAAGUACUGGAUUUAUCGAAAUAAAAAUUAGCAUGAGCUUCUCAAGCUUU